AUGAAUCUGUCUUAAUAGCAGAGCCACAAAGUAAGCAAGGCUCAGCCAUUCGCAGAUAACUCAUCUAAGAAUUUAUAUUAUCAGAAUUAAAACCCAUCUAAAUCUUAUGCGAAUUUAAGGUUAAAUCACACUAACACAUAAUAAACAUCACACACAGUAGGAAAUAACUCUUUUAUAGUAUCAUCAAAAAAGCAGGAAGUCAGAGAAAGGAAAAUUUCAGAAAGCAUUAAUGGUAACGAAAUCAAAAAUCUAUAGGCUAUGUAUAGUAGUGUAAGCAAUCAAGAAUAGAUGAGUAAGAGUUAGACAAUACACAACCGCACACAUUUUUGGGAUUAUUUGCUAUUAAAUCCCUCUGAUGAAACACAGAGAGGCGCAGUUCAUGAUUAAAUGAUAUUAAAUUCUACUCUAGACCUACCAAAUUAGUUGGUUAUUAGAUAGGACACUAAGAGAACAAGAUGUGGAACUUUUGAUUCAGAAAUGCAUAUAAAACUAGAACACUUUUUAACAUUUUAUUGUAAAUAGUAAGAUAUAAAAUAUAAACAGGGUUUAAAUGAGCUUGCUGCUCCUUUUCUCUAUCUUACAACUUCUAGCUAUAACGUCACUCUUUCACAAUCAUAUAAUUAUUUUAUUAAUUUUCUAGAUAAAUUUGUUCCUAACUUCUUUUAAGAUUCUGAAUUUAAUAGUCUUUAAUGCUUUUUCUUUGCUUUCACACUGUUGAUGAAAUACCAUGAUCCUAAUUUAAAUAAUUUCUUACAAAAAAAUGAUAUCUCUCCUGAAAUUUAUGCUUAUCCAUGGUUCAUUACUCUCUUUUCAAGCAAAGUAGAACUAGAUAUCGCAUUUAAUCUUUGGGAUUUAUUUUUAAUCGAAAAUGACUAACUUCUCAUUCUAUAUAUCUCUCUUGCUCUUAUGAUACGUUCUAAAAAACUGAUAAUGUCAGUCGAUCCAUCCGUUAUUCCAUAGACUCUUUCAUCCCUCAAAAUAGAAAACCUUUCAGACCUUAAAGAAAUUUAUGCAAUUGCACUCGAGAUACGUAAGCAGACACCAAUUUCUUUUAGCAGUAGAAUUAAUUAGCUGAAUGUAUUGUAAAAAAAUUAUCAUAAGCAUUAGUCUACUAUGCUAGAAAUGAAAUAAGCAGCAGGUUAAAUUCAAAAGUAUGUUGCUAUGCCUAUAAGUCCUAUAGAGUUACUUCAUCAUCUCUAUCCAAGCGUUAUACAGUGUCCUAACCCUGACUGUGAAAAAAAUAGUUUCUUAGAUAAAAUUGUUAACGGAAAUCUAACAGAUUAAAACCCUUAUUAAAGUAGUUUUUAAAAUUAAUAGCACCAAAGCAUGUUUAAAACUUUUCAUGGGGAUUGGCAUCAAGAUGGAAAAAAUAUUACAGAGGAUAACGGAAGAAUAUUUUAAAAUAAUAAGUAAAAAGAGUGCAAAUAUUGCAGUAUAAAAUCUCUUAUUCCUAUUGAAUUAAAUAGUUAUGUGAAUAAAAAUAAUUUUUUGAAAGAAAUAAUUGAAAUCAGCAGGCAAAACUCAAUUAAAGUGUACAAAGAUAAAUAAUUAGAUUUUAAAACUUUUGACCUUAGAGUUUAGUCUAAAAACCAAGGAUAUUUAAACAAAACUACUUUAGUUUCUAUGAAUAAAUUUGAUUAAGAAACACUAGAUUCAUUGAUAAGUGAUUACAUCGAAUAUAAGAAUAUCUCUCAUUUUAGUUUUAUAGUUUCAGAAUACUCAACUUUCGAAUCAGAUUUUCAUGUCAAUUAAUCCUUGCUUUACGUAGAUCCAAAGUAGCAAGAAGUUUAUACUAUUCAAAAGUUUUCUAGCGAUUUUAUAGAAUAUGGAUUUCCAUACAUAAGCAUAGUAGAAGGUGGCUUUAAAACAUGCCAUGAUAUAAUACUUUAUUAAGGAUUAAAAUUGAAUGAUCACAAUGCUGAGCAAUGUAAAUAUUGCAUACGCUCUAAUUAGCUAGCACAGCCUAGAAAAUAACCAAACUCAAUUCUUGAUUUUUUCACAAAUGUUUUCAGCUCCAAAGAUGCUUCCUAAGCAAAUUUGCCUGUUUAAGCAGGAGGAAUAAAUAAUCCCCAUUCGAUGAAUUCAAGCAAUGUUUAGAGUAACGUAAAUAAUUUAUUUAUAAAUUAGAAAAGAAACAAUUCAAUAGAGAAAUAUACAAUACCAACAGCAAGCUUUGCUAUUAGUUACUCAAAUAACAAUCAAGUAACAAGCAAUAAUGCAAUAUCUGCUAAAUCAUCUAUAAUGAGUGCUAAUUCUAAGAGAGAAUCUACCUAACCUACCUCUGACUACAAAGUUGCAAGCUCAAAUUAAAACAAUCCAAAUUUAAGUAAUUAACUUAGUGCAAGUAGUAGCUUUACCCAACCAAUAAUUAAAGUGGGUAGCCAAGUAAAUAAUAAAGAUAGCUUUCAAAAUAGAACAAGCAGCUUACACAAUAAUAGCUAAUAAAUAGAGAAGAGUAAAAUAUAAGCUCCAAGAUCAAGUCAUAAAAUUAAAACUAAGCAAGAUGAAGAUGAUUAAAGUGAAUUCGAAGAAUUCUAAAAGGAAUAGUUUUCAUCUGCUUCAAGAAACAAAUUAGACAAAUCUUCUAGAAUCAAUUAAGUACAAGCUUCUCUUAGUCCACCAAUCAAACCUAAACUCAUGAGUAAAGUAGAAUAAUACUAGUAUUAGCUAAGAACUCCAACAACUAAGUUUUUAAACAACUUUUAGUCUUAGGACAGUUCAAAUAAAUAAAGUGGGAGUGAAAAUAAAUUUAAGAUGUCAAGAGACCAAAAGAUUAAAACGAAUGAUAUAAAUGAAAGAAGCUUAACAAUUCCUAAUGAAGACUCCUUUUGUGAUGAAAAUAUAGAUGAGAUUAACUUAAAUUAAAUUUACAAUGCCCAAACUGUACCUGUUAAUUCUAACAAAAAUAUCUUAUCUGAAUAGCCACAAGCUGCUCCCCUUAAAACAAAUAACAUGAAUAAUAACCAAAAUAUUCUUGGAAACAAUAAUAAUAAUCCUAACCCCUAAGUAUUGAUGGAAAGUUCUAGGGUACUUUAAAAGAAUAUUUUUAGCAGUAACACUAUAGAAAAAGGUAGAGAAGCAUCUAACUCGAAGGAUAACUUUAGCAAACAAUAAUCUAACUCUCAAUAGUAUUCAUCUUAAUAUUAGCAAAGCUAAUCAAAUUAAUCUCAUCAGAAUUCAUCUUUAUCCCAUUUUUAAAACUCUAUGGCUGAAUCUUCAAUCUAAGAUAAAAAAGAGAGAAAGUUGUAUUCAUAAAACUCCCAUAUUAGUUAGUCUUUUUCUAACUAAAUGAUAGGUAACAAUAUUGUAAAUAACCAAAAUAAGUCACAACUGUAAAACGAGCCCAUAAUAAAUGUUACAGGUAUCAGUUUGAACAGUAACGCUCAUAGUAAUAAUAUUGGAUCUCCAUAGUCAAUUAUUUCUUUGAAGGAGGAAUUUCUAAAAAGCUAAACUGUAAACAGUUCAGAUUUAUUGAAAAAAUCUUAGCAACCUCUUAACUCAAAUGCUCUAAAAAAAAUACAAAAUAUGGGCCAAGUCUUCCAAAAAUAAACAAAAUAAAAUUAUUUCGACAUGGCCAAAAAGCAAAUCAGCCAAAAGAAUUUCUAGCUAAGAGGACUCUUUCAAACUUACAAAGUUUCAAAAGAAGCUUGGAAUGAUUUUAUAUAAAUUUUGUAAAACAAACCAUUUAGCUUUUAUGAAUGCUAAAAUCUGAAAGACAAAAAUAGUGAAGAAGUUCGACUCUUUUAAAAUACUCCCAAUAGCUAUAAGUCCAGUCCGAGAAUUCUCAUCUUAUCAUAAGAAUUUGUAUUGAGCAUAAGUUCAAAUUAAUAAAUAAUCCAUUAACUUUAACAAAUCAAAAAUGGUGUAAAAGUGAAUAAUAUUAUCGAAAAAGAAGUAGCUUCAUCGAAAGAAGAUAAAAAUAAUUUCGUUUAAAUUAAAUCAUUCUUUUUUAUGAGAAAUCUGCUCAGAAUAACUUCAAAGAAGUUCAAUAACAAUAUUAUUUCUUUUUACUUUAAAAUCCCUUAAAUAUUUAAGAAUCAAAAGUUUGAGAAUACCUAAUAUUUCUAAUUCAUAGAAAAAUUUGAUUUGUCCCAUUUGAAGGAAAUCAUCAUCACCAAAAAAUAUAAUGAAAUUCUCCAUGAAAUCUACUAGAUCAUAGAUGAAUCUGAAAAGUUUGAAAUUAAGAGCUUGUGUAACAUGGAAAAUGAGCUACAAGCAUUAGACUGCAUCAAGAAAGCUAAAGAAUAUUACACCAUUCAAACAAGCACAAAUAUGUAUAACAACUACAUGCAUUGA